AUGAAAAGUACCCUUAAUGAUGAUUUCGGAUCUUUGUUACCUGAAACUACUCCUGAUAUUAAUUCAAAUUUAGCUCAAAAGAAACCUAAUAAUACAGACUCUGACGAUUCUGAAGAAGAUGAAGAAGAUGAUAAUGGAACAAUAGGAAUUGGAAAACAAAUUUCUCUCUACACUAAAUUACCUCCACCUAAUGUACAAAUACUCCCUUUCAAUUUUCUCACAAAGAAGGCUGAAAUUGAAGGAGAACAAAAUAGUGAAAACCUUGGUGAUGAAUUAGAUAAUCUCAUCACAAAUAUUCAAACAAGAGAAGACUUUGAAAAUCUCAAAUCUAGAACCAAUGACUAUUUGGAUCGUUUGAUUAAUCUUGUUGAUAAUCUGUAUGGACAAAAUCAGAAUGAAUAUGUAGUUUACCAUUCCAGCAGAUCAAAGAAGGGUAACAAGGUCAAGAAGGAUCAAGCUAAAGAACAACCGACCACCAUUCAAUUCCUGAAAGCUUUGGAUAAGGCAAACAAUAUCAUGGAGGAAGUUGAUAGAUCUCGUAGAGAAACUCAACUCAAAAAGAAGAUUGGUAUUACUCACUAUCAAAAACUGUAA